UCAAGGCGUGGUCGUGGUCCGCGCCUCGCCGAUCCGUUACCGCGGUCGCCAAAUCCGGUGCGCCGCUCCGCGUAUAUAAGACCGCGGCACGCCCAGGCAGCUGCACUUCUCCUGUGACGUCCCAGCACCACACAGCCGCGAUGUACUCUACUCUGGUGGUGGUGAGCGCGCUGCUGGCGGUGGCCUCCGCCGGGCUGCUGGCGUCCCCCCUGGCGGGCGCGCCGCUGCUGCCCAAGGUGCAGGUGGCGCCCGCGCAGGUCAACGUGGUCAAGCAGCCCAUCACGGUGCAGCAGCCGGAGCUGCGCUACCGCGAGGUGCCCGUCCCCGUGCGCGCCGUCGCCUACGCCGCCCCCGCCGUCAGCUACGCCGCCCCCGCCGUCGCCUACGCCGCCCCCGCUGUUAGCUACGCCGCCCCCGCCGUCGCCUACGCUACCCACGCCGUCGCCCCAGCCAUCUCCUACGCCGCGGCUGCACCCAUCGUCAAGGUCCACUGAGACGAGAUAUAGCGCGCUGUGUAUGUUUCUUCCUACGAUGCACUGCAUUCAAUAAAAGACAUUUUUUUU